AUGGUGUUGACGGAGGCGCGGGAGACGUUGGAUGGAGGGCGGGUGGUCGCCACGGCGACGACGACGAGAGGAUGCUGGGAGCGGGGCAGGCCCGCGGCGUCCGUGCAGCGCGGCGCAUCGUGGAUGGAUCGCUCGCACGCCGCGUCGCACGACAGCAGCGGUGACCAGUGUGUACAACAGAGCAUUGACCUGGAUACAAUACCGAAAAUUUACGAACAGCAGCAAAGGGAUGCUACAAUAUCAAACCGGUGCACGGUGGAGAUGGUAGACGUAGUGAACCGGCAGAACCGUGAAAUCGAAGGCCUGGUGAGCGAACUCAAGAAGCAAGUGCAGUUAGCGCUGAAACACAAGAGAGAAAGCAAGGCCAAAAGUGCUAAUAUCGCUAUAAUGGAGAAGAAGACGCAAACUUUAGAGGAGAGAGUGCACAAAUUCGAGCAACAUGGAAUCGAUGUCACGUGGCAUGACAUGCUAUGAUGAGGAGCAUCAGCACGUUAUUGCUCGACAGAGGGCAGCACUAUCUGAGAUGCGAGAGAAGAUUACACAUCUGCAGUCAAUCAAAU